CAACAACAACAGCAACAACAACAACGGCAACACAGCAGCAACAGCUGCAGCAGCAACAACAGCUGGCAACGGGAGCACAUAGUAGCGACAGUGGCAAUAUCAGCACGGGAAUGGGAAUGGGAGCGGGAACGGGAACAGGCACUGGACUGUCCACGGAGUACAUGGUGAAGCCGAGCAGCCAGGAGGGCCUUAAGCUGACCAUCAAUAAGACGGGCAGCAGCAGCAGCAGCAAGAGGGAGAGCAAGGGUGGAGCAUCUGGCUCAUCCUCCUCUGGCAGCAAGAAGCAGCACACGGGAUUGAAGCCUGGAGUGAACAGCGGACCAGCCUCAAAGAAGGCACACUCAUCAGGCGGAGGCGGAGGAGGAAGCAGCUCCAGUUCCAGUUCCAGCAAACACCUUUUCCAAAAGGCCAACUCAUCUGGCAACCUGAGCAGCAAACUAAGUGGUUCCUCCAGCUCAGGCGGUGGUUUGCCUCUGACCAAGAGCAACAGCACCAACUCCUUCCAGGAACAUGGCGCACCCAGGCGAAGACCGAGCAUGUGCAGCCUGGGAAGCAGCAGUGGCAGUGGCAGUGGCAGCGGAGGCCCAACUGGAAGUGGAGGGCAGCGCAAGACACCAUUAGCGGGACCUGGAACGGGAUCGGGAUCUGGAUCAGGAGUGGGGGGAGUGUCGCCAGCUGCGUCAAGUGGGUCAAUGUCACAGCCGCCACCACGUUUCGAUCACCACACGGACAUGAUGACCAUUCUGCAGUAUGCGUCGCCUAGCAUGGCUGCCAGCAUGGAGGGCUUCAUUAAGGGAUUGCACAACAAGUUCCAGAUACCCAAGUUGUCGCAACGCACGAGCAGCAGCAACACUGGAUCCGGACCAGGAGGAGGAGGGGGACGCACCACGCCCAGCACAGAUCAGACAACAGCGACAAUGUCUUCCUCCUCCUCGCAGGAGCAGCAAUCCAAUCUGGAAUUAAAUGCCUUAUCAGCUGGAAUCAGUGCUGGAUCCAGUGGACAACAGAAGCCAAUGACAACUGCUCCUCCAGCAGCGAAUGAUUUGCCUUUCAACUUGGGCAGCACUGGAGGGUCAGGAUCAGUUCCAGGUCCAGGCGAUGGUAUUGACGAGGAAUUGCUCGCCAGGUUGGCAGGCGAAUGACAUCUCGACUGGCAAUUGACAUCUUCUGCGAUCAUCACUUAGUUUGUUAUACUUCAUAAAUAUAAUCAUAAGAGAUUUAGGUAGACAGA